AUGGACUUCGUGCCGGCACUCCCACGGCCACGGCUCUGGAAAAACAAGGCAGACUUCUUCAGCCCCUUCCGAACCGCUGCGGCCAACGCUAAGGCUGGAGAGAACAUCACGCCUCUCUUCGACCCUGACAUUCACCGGGCGGAACCAGAGGAAGCUGACUUGAAAGAUCUCAAUACCGCUCUUGCUGUACUGGUCGAUGUCUUCCCGGAUGUAGAACCGGAGGUCUUCCGGGAGAUGCUGGCCAGUAUCAGUGGAGAAAGCCGCCUCGAAGUUGUUACGGCUCAGCUGUUGUCAAAGGAGAUGAAGCUCGUGCGUGGAAGGUACCGUAAGCCGCAGCAGUCCAACAGCCAAAGCGGCAGACAGAAGAACAGGGAAGCCAAACCAUCACGCAAAGACCAGUCAAAACUCCCGGACGAAGAGACCUUUCGAAGCGACAGCUACAAGACGGCAGUCAAACGGGUGUUCUACCAGGAGUACAGCACCCUGAGUCACUCUGCUAUCAAGGCUGUCCUGGCCGAGCAGAACUUCUCUUACACUUUAGCACGCCCUAGCUUGCAGCAACUCUCCACCAGGUCAUGGCGCUUCUCUUUCUCAUCUAUAUGGCCGAAGAGAUCACCAUCAGCGACGGUCAGCGAGCAUCCGAACAUCAUCUGGCAGCCAGGCGCCAAUCCGGAGGGUGACUUGGUACCUGCGGUGAAACGAACAGGAAGCUCACGGCUAGAUCGAGAGUUGUACGAUCUCUUCGUUGCUCCCAUCUUGGAAAACCAGAGACAAAAGCAGCUCUCAGAGGACCACGCUCUUGCUUCGCAGCUCAACGAGACGGAAGCUGAAGAAGCGGAAGCCCUUCUCGACUGCGAGUGUUGCUACAGCUCGGUUCCUUUUGAGAGACUGACGACAUGCGACGAUGGUUGUCAUCAGCUCUGCUUCGAUUGCGUCCGCCGAACCGUCAACGAAGCAUUGUUUGGUCAAGGAUGGUCGCGAAACAUUGAUCUCGAACGUAGUACCGUCCGUUGUUUUGCACCUACGUCCGACGACUGCGCUGGGAUCAUCCCAAGCAGCAUUCUACGUCGAGCACUCGCCGGCGACAACGAUAAAGACGACAUCUGGAACGAAGUCCAAGAGCGCGUCGCCGGCGAGAUCUUGACUAAGAGUCGACUCCCGCUCCAGCGCUGCCCCUUCUGCAACUACGUCGAAGUCGACGAGACUCCUCCACCACAAAGACGAAAAGCAAUGGGCAUUUGGCUGCACCUAGUCAACCGUUCAUCAACAGCCUUCCAGGCCAUGGUCUUAGCCUUCAUAUCUGCCCUCCUCAUCUUCACCAUCCCCCUCGCCCUCCUAGCAGGCUUCGUCUACCUCACCAUCCACAUCUUCCCCCCCGCCUCCGCCAUCCUCAAACGCUCCUGGACCCGCGUCCACAAGUCGCGCCGCGGCCUCAAGUUCCACUGCUUCAACCCCUCCUGCCGCAGCACCACCUGCACCCGUUGCCUCGUCCGCUGGCGCGACCCGCACACCUGCUUCGAACACGAGAAAACCUCCCUGCGCACCGCCAUCGAAACCUCCGCCACGCAAGCCAUCAAACGCACCUGUCCCAAAUGCCUGCUUUCCUUCGUCAAAUCCUCGGGCUGCAACAAAUUGGUCUGCAACUGCGGAUACACGAUGUGCUACAUCUGCCGGCAGGAAAUCACGAGUAAAGAAGGGUACGGGCAUUUUUGUCAGCAUUUUAGACCUACUGGGGGCAGGUGUGGGGAGUGUGAGCGGUGUGAUUUGUAUGGGGAUGAGGAUGAGGAGGCGGUGGUGCGGAGGGCGGCGGAGCAGGCGGAGAGGGCUUGGAGGGAGGGAGAGAUGGGGAAAGGGGAUGAGAGGGCGACGAGGGCGAUGGUGGAGAGUCUAAUUGGGGUGAGGGAGGGGAGGAGGGGGUGGAAGGGGUGCUUGGAUGGGGUGGUUGAUCUGGUUGUUGCUUGA